AUGGCUGCGUCAGAGAGUGGAGGAGAGACGGUGGGAGUCGCGGUUCCACCCCUGCAACUGGGCGCCACACGAAUGUCAACAACGCCACUGUUGCCUGCAGAGGGCACCAGCGUCCUCGCGAACUCGCCACCCACAACUCCGAUGGCGCCUAAGGAGGAGAAUCCAGCAAACAUCACUCUGAUGGCCUCUGUCACCACAACUACCAGCGUGCCGACGGAGAGCCGCACAGUAGCCGGUGACUUGACUCCCAGCACUCUCGACUCCACAAACCAGAUUUCCCAGCAUCCAAUGUCCCCUGUCGCUGACAGUCGUGGUGUACCAACCGCCGUUACUGAAGUAAUAGCAACGGGAAAUGUCACGGCGGACAUAACUUCCCUUGCGCCCGAAACGACGCCUAGUGCUUCUACCACGGAGGUGCCAGUAACUGCAAGCGAAAAUAUCGCGCCCGAAGCUCCUCCAACGAGUCCCCCUGGGGUUCUAGAUACUACUUUGUCUGCUGUGUCUGAGGAACUAGUAUUAUCUACAACAAUCCCUGAGAUCUCAGACUCCACAGUGACAGCUGAUGCUAUGGAGUCCAACAUCGCCAUGACCACCAUCGCAACUUCGGUGAGUUCUACGGAAGCUCCUGGUGUGUCGAAUGAUUCCCUUGCCGUGCCGAGGGCUUCAACCCCAACUCCAGGAAAAAAUGGUUCAACUUUGCCGCCGCCAGUUGUGGGCCCUCAGUCCCGUGGCAUUGCGCUCGCCGACAAUUCACUAAACACUACAAAGAGUCCAGAAGGGGUUCAGUCGACCACUCAAAACCUAACCUAUCCGAAGGAAUUUCGACCAGGUAUGCCGGGACACCUCCUUCUGGGGCCUGCUAUGCUACCGGACUGGCGUCUGUACUUAAUUCUGGUUUCUGCCAUCGCCUUGGCAGUAAUCGUUAUACUCCUCAUCGGCUGGAUCCUCACUUGCAUCUGCUUGAGGGUAAGUUCGCGGUUUGCUCAGGGGUUUCUGGCUUUUAAACUUAACUUCAAGUAAUAUUGCAGUAACAUCUGUCUCAGAGAAGGUGUAGACUCCUUAGACAUUUGGUUACGUCUCAAGUUCCUAAUGUUACUGUUACCUGUUCUAGAAUGACAGUCUUAAACUUCUUUUACCACAAACGGACAUAAUUCAAGUUGAUGAAGCCUACUCCUCGCCAUAAGCGUUGAUUUUAACGAGUUAGUAUGCAACUCUUUUCUAACCGGGAAACCUCGGAGUGGAAAGCCUGUAUCCUGAACGGGGUCCAUAUUACCAGGGAUGUAGCAAACCAGUAAGAGGCUGGAUAACUUGUGGUGGCUGCUCCCAAAUCUGCAAUUCAGCUGGAAGAGGCUUUAUCCCCUCUCAUCUGGCUCUGUGCCUAUUUUAUUCAAAUGUCCGCGCAGAAAAAUAAAGCUAUCUAAGAUCUCGUUCGAGGCCAGAUACUUUGGAUGGCGUUAGGUUGACGAGACAUUUCUCUUACAAGUCCACUGAAUUAAAUUGACUGUGGCUGACAGAAAGUGAAACAGUGGGCUUUUCAGAUUGUUAUUAUCGACAAAGACAAGGGAGACUGGAAUGGCCAUUCCCGGUUUAUUGGCCGUCGACAGUCAGUCAUACCCGAACUGCUCGACCUGUUGGUUCGAAGUUCAACGCCUCAAACCACUGAGCCAUGCGCUCGUUGUCCUGUCGGUUUCGAUCAGAAAUGUACAAUGGUAGAGGGGUUUUUCCCUUUUUUGGUCCAAUAUUGGGAUAUGGACCUCCCCCCGUACUACAGGCGGCUUUGCGCUAAACACCAGGGAGGUUAUCUAUUCCCGUGUCGUAACUUAACCCUAACUCAUAACCCUAACACCAACCCCGAUAAUUCUUAUCAUAACACUAGCCCCACCACACCCUCUGGAAUUUGGUGUAUGGCCACCUGAAAGUUAGCAGGCCACAUCAAUGCGCAACAUUUUGUCUCGCCUUAAAUGAGGUACCUCUCUUUCUGAACAAGGGUAUGUGCCCGAGUAUCAGACAAGUACGUCUUCUGUAAUUUUAUCCCAUUUUACCAAUAAUUUCGUACUGAGUGAGCUUGUUGGCAUUCAUGCCAACGCAUAGUAUAUUCCCCAAACCCCGCAAAACUGCGGCCAUGGUAUCGGUUCACUUAUUUCUGUUGGAACCCGUCAGCGAACGCUGCCCUUCUUAACUUCACUGAUAUCGUCAUCCCUGGAAAGUGAGGCUCUCGAAGGGCGUUCGCGAGGUGCCAUCAGGAAGGUCUCUGGGCUUAAAAUACGGCCCAGUUUAGAUUGUUGGCUACGCAAAACGAGACAUUCACGUGAUAUAUGUCACAGGGAACGACAGUGUGGUAAUUCCUACAACCAGCUGCGUUAAAGAGUUGACUAUCCGCACGAAAACGCAUAACAGACUGUACACAUUCGUGAUUGGGGGGAUGUGUCCAAUUUUCAGUACACAAAUCUGACACUUGAAGACGACGGAGAGGCUUAACUGCUUACGUACCUAGUUGUCCUAAACGAAACGGACAAACCAAUCAGUACUUGAGGUCGUGUCUAACCUCACCCUUGAUUACAAUGAAACGGUCUGCGUAAAGGGGGAAAAAGUCCCAUUUUUGGAAAAUCCUGUGGAUUUCGGCGAGUGGAUGUAAAAUUCUGGUCUCUGAAGAUGAAGAUGCGAUCACCGGAACAAGAAAUUUAUUUGCCCGACGUUUCGGAUCCUUACUCGAAUCCAUCAUCAGAGACAUUAGCAGAUAAAGGUGAUUGUGGCACCAGGAGUGCAGUAUUUAUAGCACGUGGCUGCCGUGGGACCGCAUGCGCACUGCAAUUAACAGUUCUCGUAAUCACCACUGGGGCCGUAAUUGAUGCGGUGGUGGCUUGUUGGUCCGAGUCCGAGUCGGUAAUUGCCGCGAUUUCGUCAUCCGUGCUGGAUGCUGGUGUGACGAUUGCUCAGCAAACUGGCUCACUUCCACCGGGAUAAUUGCUCAACCGCGCCCUCCCCACGUGACUGAUUCUCCUGCCCAGAGAAAAUCGCAGUACGCUAUAGGGUACCGGAAGGUCAUUGUGCUUGUUGAUGGAUUGCGGGCCUGAGAACCAUGACUCGAGCAGCUCGCGGCUCACGCGGUUGUCACCCCUUGCGAGAAUUUCGGCCUCUUGAAAUUUGAAAAUAUGGCCGGGUCCCGUCGAGUGUGCCGCCACUUGAGAGUUCGCGUCUCCCCGCCUCACUGCUGCUGCGUGCUUGGCAAUACGCGUACGGAGUAAUCUCCCAGUUUCUCCGACAUAAUUGCUUUGUCCGCAACUACACCAGAUCCGGUAAACGACUCCAGACGUUUCCUGCCGUGGCAGCGGGUCUUUUGGCCUCAUGACUUGGCGCCUAAUGGUUGCUUCCGGCCUGUGUGCAACCCCAACUCCAAGGGGAGUGAGAAGACGACUGACGGCUUCCGAGACGUUCUUCACGUACGGAAGAGCUCUCCAAAAUUUGGGUCCGGUUGGUUCCGGUUCGCUUCUAUCAGCAUUCUGGUCUCUGUCUGUCAGGUUUCAUAAGAUGCGAACUUUCAAGUGAUAUCCACCGGGCCUCAUCCAAUCAGAUUUGAGACAGACCAUUAUCCGUUGUGCGCUGUUGGAAUGACUAGUUUCCUUCCUUGGAAAGACUGAAAUACCACCACCACCACCACCACCACCACCACCACCACCACCACCACCAGCUCCCUGACGUUCGUGUUUACAUGAAUUCUACUUACUUUUGUUGGAUGGACGUCUGCAUUUGGUUAGAAACCUCGGAAACGAUUCGUUGUGCGGUACGUUGGCCAUGUUCAUUUCCAUGGACUACAAUGGUACAGUCGAUCUUUGCCUAUCUAGGCCGGAGCUGUCAACACUGAACCCCAUAAAGCUGCAGAAAAAGGAACUGGGUUUACUUAUGUUGGCAUGAUGCAGUAUUAAAUCAUAAUGACGCAUGGUUAUGCGUGCGGAGUUCGCUACUUAAGCUAUCCUCGCCUAGUAGGAAAUGAACAGCUUCUAAAUGUGCCCUUUUAUAUAAUACGUUCUCUUGGAUAUUAUGAACGACGUUCAAUAAUUACAUCAGAGUGGUUUUGUGGCGUUCAUAGGAUACGGUGGGGUCCGGAAGGUGAAAAUCAAUAAUUUUUCGUCUCUUUCAGGCUUUUUAGAUGGCGAUCGAUCUGAGCUCAGGUGGGUAUGGUUGGGGUGGAUUCCGUACUGUUAGUUGCGUAAAGUAUGGGAAAAUGGUUUUGAAAAUUCGUCAAUUUUUCUUGGCCUCCAUAAUUACUGCCACCUCUGCUUGACUAACAAAGUUCUGAUAAUUAAAAUUAAUCGUAUUCUUAGAUGUAUGUGGCAACGGUAUAGAUAUGGACCCCACUUAACUGUAGACUGAAUCGUGCCAUGCAGACAUUAAACAGCCAACAGCAAUUACUUCUCAUGAUUUCAAACCAUUAGUCAAAUUACGUUAUUUUUUGAAGUCUGCUUUUGUUUAUUUUUUUUCUAAUUAAUCCGCUCAUUUGCACUGACAUGCGAAAUUGCCUGGACUUACACCGAAAGUCUUAUCCUACGCUACUGUGCGACAACUGAAAUGAGAGUAGUAAUUAAACAAUAAACAAAAUGCAAAUUUCACAAAAUAAAAGACUUUGAGUUAAGGUGUGAGAACGUGGGGAGAAAUCGUUGUUACCAGUGUAAUUUCUGCAACAGCCAGCAAAUGUAUGCCAAGAUAAGACCUCAUACGACACGAUCCGCAGUCUACUGACAGUUAACUGGGGUCCUUCUCUAUACCGUUGCCGUGCUUUUAAGAUUAUCGCAUCGGUGACAUUUUAGACGCUUUAAUGAAAAUGCUGAAUACCGGACUUCAGUGGCCGGAAGUCGAUAAAUCUCCGCUCGAGCAUGCACGACGGCAGUCCGACCGUUCCAGGUGACUCUGGCAAACGCCAGUUGGUAUGAAGUUUGACGCAGUGUCCGGCGCAACGCGAAACCGCGUUCUACCGUGUACAGCACGCGGCGAUCUAGCACAUACACACCCAAAGUACGCCUUUAGUUUGGAGUAAACAAAUACCUAAGUCGAACCAUCCCUAAACGACACAUGCAAAAGUGCAGAUAUCAUAACUAAUAGGAGCGAAGAGACGAGUCUCAGGACGCAGUCUUGACGAAGGAGACACGAUCGCUGGGACAAGAUCUUUAUUAGCCUGACGUUUCGGAUCCCUGCUCGAACCCACCACCAGAUACAACAGCAGAUACGGGUGAUUCACGCACAAGGGGCUGCAGUAUUUGUAGGAUGCAGUUGCCAUGCUACCGCAUACCUAUGAACAUUCACGGCUCCCCCCUUCAUCCGGGAUCGUUGCCCAUGGCGUGAUGGCCGACAUUCGCGUCGUUAAUUGCUGAAAUUUCAUCGAGUGCGUUGGAUGUUGGUGUGAUGAUUGCUCGACCAUCUGGCGCACCGACCCCGGUGUUGGGAAAAGUGUUCACCCGUGCGCUGCGCGCGUGGCUAACUACUCCGCCUAGACGAAGUGUCAGCACAGAGUAUGGAAGGCGAAGCGCAUUGCCCUUGUUAAUGGAGUGGGGGCCAGUAAAAUAUGAUUCCAGUAGCGCCCGGCUCACGCGGUUGUCACCUCUUGCGAGAAUUUCGGCCUCGUCGAAUUUGAAUGUGUGGCCGGAACCCGUCGAAUGAGCCGCAACUUGAGAGCUGGUGUCAUUUAUCCACACUGAUGCAGCGUGUUCGGCCAUUCUCGUUCGGGGCUGUCUUCCGGUUUCUCCGACGUAGUUGCUUUGAUCGCAACUGCACCAGAUUCGAUAAAUGACUCCAGACGUUUCCAGCCUUGGCAGUGGGUCUUUCGGUUUCAUUACCAGACGCCUGAUGGUUGCCUCCGGUCCCGUUAGAAACCUCAAUUUUAAGCGGGAGUACAGUUGAUUGAGGCUGUCAUCAGUUGGGACGGAGAUGACAUUUUAUCCGUUGUUGACUACAAUACCCAUCGUGGGACCCGUGAAGGUGGGCUCAGCAAAUUAGUUUAUUCAAAAGACAAUUUGGCGAGCAUACGUAAGCCUUCGAUAAAUUCUCAUCACUCCUAUACAUUUAUAUUGCUUUCGAAAUGAUUAAAAGGAAAAUGCGGGCAAGCAGAAGUUUUUCUGUAGCUGGGGUUUGGGAAGAGAGUCUGGGGGGGUGGGAUGAAAACCACAAUUACUGUCAGUGUCAGCUACAGAAAAAAUUCAGCUUGCCCGCAUUUUCCUUUUAAUCAUUUCGACAACAAUAUAAAUGUAUAGGCCUGAUGGGAAUUUAUCGAAAGCUUACGUAUGCUCGCUAAAUUGUCUUUUGAAUUCUUUUAUGGAAUUUUCGGAUCUCUAAAAGAAUUAAUUUAUAGUUACAGUAGGCUUGUACUGCUCCUCCCACACACGCCCGAGUCCGAUGUUAUACCCGAGUCAUGAAGACCGUCACCGGGAUCGACGCAAUGGUUGAUAAGGCUAAACACCCCAUCUACGCGUGUCUGGCUCUCUCGCGUUGGACCAGGUUCCUACAGAAACAAGAAAAGGGAGAAUCUGAGCCCAGAUAAGUGAGACUGCAAUGGAGGCCACAUGAAGAAGGAGCGAUGGCAGCUUGAUUCUCCGUCCUGAGGGGGUCGAAUCAUCCCGUAGGCUGCCAGCCUUCCAAACAAAGGGCUUGUAAUCCACUCUGAUGGUUUAAAAGUAUGUAGCGCAAGUACACUUAGGGCAAAAUGCAGUUUUAUUUGACAAACAAUCGAUUUCUACCACUAAAGCAGGGAAAUACGCAUGAACGGUGGUCCAAUGUGAAAAAACCGUUGUUAGUUACUGCAUAGUUGCCAUCAAUGCCAUUGAGCCAGAGUUUUUGCGAACAUAUGCAGGAAUUGGCACAAAUUUUUACCCCGCUUUAAUCGACUACGAUUGCCGAACUCGGAAACUGUCCAAAGUAUGUGGCGUACUCUAUUGAGGGCCUAACUUAAAUCAUUUUUAAAAGUUAAAUUUUGUUUUUAUUCUCUAGGAUACUUGCGUGGUUUGCAACACAUGACUAUUUCACCUGUCAGCGGGGAGGGCAAAGGUCUCCGAGUAAAGUGCAACACCCUUCCGAAGUCCAAGUGUGCACAUCACGCGCAGAUGUGGUUUGCUAGCUGCCGAGCAGGGAACAUCGGCACUCAAUUCUUUCAUAUGCUUUUUUUUCAGCGCAAGUACCAGAGGAAAACGAAGAAACUCCUUCUGAGCAGUGUUGGCCGGAUGCCCUCGUUUCGAAACACGGACUCCGGCCGACAGUAUCCCCUGACGGCAUGGCCCGCAGAUGUGCACUCAGCGGGCAGCGGUGAGGAUUCUGUUCAGCACUUUGUGGUAGGUGCCAAGUUCAAGCUUCACAAAUUUGGAAGACGGAUUGCCCCUUAGUCAGGCUACCCGGCGCGUCCACAGUCCUCAGCGAAGGUGUUAGCUGUUGCAUAAAUAGGCUCUUGCGUCUGGCGAGCAAGCAAUGGCGGUUCGAUAUGCUGCCGCGGCGCGGAGGGUCGACGUCUGGCUCAUCGACUGGCCUCUAAAAUGUCGCAAAGCCCGAUGACGUCACAGGGACAUGGCGACAGUGAAUGGGUUUGCUUGCCAGCGCUGCCUUUUGGUCAGAUCCCUCGUAGAGGAGACAAUCCCGAACAGACAAUCCAAGAGGCCCUUGCGGAGCCGAUUGCAUUGAAGAAACGCGCGUUCACCGGACAAGUAGUGGGAAGAGCUCGUCGCACAUACUCAGGGAGUAUCGACUAAAAUUAUAGAUUAGUCCAAAUCCAACUAGUCGUUUGUGCAGAAAUGAGAGAUGUCACUGCUGAACCAGCGUCAAACGCCCUCGAAUGAAACUUGCCAGAAUCUUUGAAAGGUGCCUAUCCGCGAACACUCCAUGCACUUGACUCUCAAAACCCAACGACCCCUGCCACUGCAGCGGAGAUUUCGAUGGACUAGGGAUCGGAUCACGCAUAGAGGCUAGUGUUCGGACUAUAGCAUGUAAACUCUGGUAAUUUCAAGGGCUUACGGGCCAGCCACUCGCUCCGUAGACUUAAAGUCUAUUUUAUACGGCAUUUCGACUUACCUUGACGCCCACGGGGAUUUUAGGGGAGCGUUAACUUGACUUAAGUCUAGGCGGAGCAGCUGAUGCUUCAGUUGGGUUCCUUUGCUGCCAGGAGCUGUAAAGUGAAAGUUACUGCCCUGGAGGAUGGGCAAAGCGUUCUAACAUUUAGCAGAAAGUUAAGGACUAGCCCAGCCAGCUACGCUAGAAAUAGAAUACGCUGUUUUUUGCUGAACGCACUGACCACUGGCAUCUCUUCUGGCCUUCAAUUUCCAUCCCGUAGAGUGGUUUCCUCUCUGUUGGGGCACAUUUUAAAAUCACCGAAAGUUGGCACAAUGUGUGCUGUCUAGGAGUACUUCAAGAAGUAAAAGCAAUCUUAAACGGCAAAAUAUAUCCUACGUAAAACGAUCGUGCAGUUCUUUUUGGCGAUGGUGAUGAGGAUGAUGAUGACGAGGCAACAAGAAAUUUCCAGUCGUGAAUACGACAAAACUGUCCGUCUGCGAAUACAACCUUUUGGCGGGUAUUGGUUGGAGUUCCGCCCGACCUCGUCGUAGCGUGCGCUUCUAAGUGCAGGUAAGGGCAGCGGAUUUCAGUAAACCAGACAGCAUCAGCAGCGGCCUGUUUCCACAUCCAUUUACGCACGGAAGUCGAUGUUCAGUUGCCGUGACGUGUAACCGCGCACCAGAAAAUCCAUUCAACCCGCCUUAGAGACCGUCAGGCGCCCUGUCGGUGAGACCCACGCUGCAAAACACAUAGUAAAUAUACGCCGACUGGUAAGGUAGGAAAUGGAGGGGGUGGGGCUUUCAGUCAGUGCCAAGACUGUUCGUUUUCUAGUUAGUAACGUGAAGUUCGGAGUCGGCAACGCGAGCAUCCUGACGUUAACCACCCACUUCGUUCAUACGUACUACAGGUGGGCUAACUCAUGAAAGUUCGGAGUCGGCAACGGGAGCAUGCUAACGACAGCGUCGUCAGAAAUAAUGUAAACCACGGAAUCCUGAAAUGAGUUUUCGUUUCAAAAAGAUUAAUUAAGUAGCGUUGUAAAACUAGUCAGCCUGCAACAUAAUUCUAUAAUAUUUCCGUUGCCUCAGGAUGUCGGCUUUGGAAUGAGCCCCCUUCCGGCUGCAUGCACAAACAACACUCUACAAAAAAGACUGCUUAAGUAGCAUGAAUUUUUCUCAUUGAUUCUCGAUGCCCCUAAACGUCCAAUUAUAUUUCAUGGAAAUUAUGCAACCACAUAAACCGACGUCGCUGCCCUCCUAAAUGCUGCAAAUCAGGCACAUCCGUCGAUCAAAUUCACGUUGGAGAUGGAGUCGGCUGGUUCGCUUCCUUUCUUAGAUGUCCUUCUAAACAGGAGAUCUGACGGUAGAAUCCGAAGGAGUGUCUAUCGAAAGAAAACCUGGUCUGGACAAUACACGAACUUCGCUAGUUUCGUACCUCUCAAACAAAAACGGAAUCUAGUCAGGUGUUUGGCACAAAGGGCUAGAAAAAUUUGUUCGACAGAUAGUAUCGAGGAGGAACUUAAAAAAAUCCAGGACUUGCUUCCCGAAAAUGGGUAACCUGACAGGUUCAUUGCAAAGAACCUUGCCGAACGACCUGCAAAACCCACCACACUAACCGCCGAAAAGAAAACGUUGUUCCUCAAAGUCCCCUUCCAAAGAGACGCUGCAGGUAAACUCCUAAGAAGACGCCUUGACCAAGCUGUCUCGGGAACCUUCCCAGCAGCAAGGGUUCGCAUAUCAUUCUCCACUAACCCUAUUCUACACGGAGAAGGCAAGGAUAGGCUGCCACCUCAGACCGCCUCAAUGUGCAUCUACUCAUUCACUUGCUCCUGUGGAGCAGGUUAUAUUGGUCGUACGAGUCGGCGCCUUUCCAAAAGAAUACGAGAGCACCUUCCCGCAUGGCUGGCAAAGGGUGAAACUAGGAGAAUAGACAGCGCCAUCCUUGCGCAUGCAGUGGACUCAGGGCAUCGUGUGGACCCCACUGAAGCAUUUCGUGUGAUUUACAAGGUCCCCUCGAGCUACCCUAAGCUACUGGGCCAGCGCCUGUUAGCAACAGCAGAAGCGGCCGCCAUAAGGUUACGAACACCGACCCUAUGCGCACAAAAGAACCUUGUUCAGGCUCCGCGCUUACCGUGGUCAAAGGUUGACUAACCACAUACAACUUUCGGCGCCCUGCCGCUCUUGCCGAGCCUGUAAUUUAAAAACUAACUUUUAUCGAUUUUUGUUUCACUCACUGUACCCCGCCCUAUGUAACUGUAUUGGCCUGAUGAGAAUUUACCGAAAGGAACGUUCACUCGCCACUUUCUCUUCUAAAUAUUCAUUUGUCCGCUCAUUUGGUAGAAAAUUACGUCUUGUUUCAAUUUUAUACUCGAAGGAGGGAUUUAAUUCGACUUCAAAAAGGUUUCCAAUUGUGAGAUUUUUUAAUACCAUGAAAUGGCAUUUCAUAAAUCGUCAUGUCUCUGCAUUUACCAAUGUGGCUUGUAAAGUUAACAAUAUGGAUCAAAUCCACCGCAAAGUUUUAUGAACACUAUACAGCCCCCUUCAUUACCGUAGACAAAUGCGCGAAUUCAGCACGCGGAAAAUAUACAGCUUAUAGUCUGGAAACUCCGAAUCCACGAGUAACGGUAGAGCGGGUUCAAAAUUAUUCGGGAAUUGGAAAAGUUUUUGAAAACCGAAUAUUGUCCCUCCUUCGAGUAUAAAAUUGGAAGAAGACGUAAUUUUCCACCGAAUGAGCAAAAGGAUGAUUAUUUUUAUGCAUGUUUCCAUGAAAUAUAAUUGGAUUUUUAAGAGCAUCGAAAAUCAAUGAGAAAAAUUUAUGCCACACAAGUAGGCAUUUUUUGCAGAGUGCUAUUUGUGCAUGCAGCCGGAAGGAAGUUCAUUCGAAAGCUGGCAUCCUGCGGUAACUGAAAUAUUAUAGAAUUAUGUUGCAGGCUGACUAGUUUCAGAACGCUUCUUAAUAAAUCUUUUCGAAACGAAAAGGCAUUUCGGAAUUUCGGUUGACAUUUCAUGAGUUACGCACGUACGUAAAUGCGAAAAACCCACUUGCUGACAACUGGGGGCCGAAUAUUCUUUAGACACGCCCCCCCUCCCCUGGGGAUCUGUCCUACGCAACACCAGCUCACCAGAUGCCUGUAAACAAAGUGUUUGAGAGCACACGUCAAGAGCCGUCUGAUAGCAGCCUUCAAAGUUGCCGUCUCGGAGGAUUCUCUAUGAGGAAUAACAUCCACAUACCUUUAUCCUAACUAGGGUGAUACUAAGCCGCCCAAAGGCACCCCCUCGGUGCCUCGAACGGGCGGUUAUGCUUCGGUGCAGAAGAACAAGCACAGCGAGCCUGGUAGCUACGUUGCGAACUCUCACACCACCUCCACGCCGAUAAUGCAGAGGCAGAACAACCAAUCAGAGCAGGGCUGGCAACCGCCGCCGCCGCUGUCAGGCCAGGCGCCACAGGAUCAGCAGAACCAGUCCUACCAUACCCUGUCGUCCUUCCAACCCGCGGGGGGUGGAGGUAGUGCCUGGUCAGACUACGAUCUGUCACUUGGACGACGCGACCUCCGCACCGCGACGGCGGCAGAGGAGAGUGGACCUGUGGCCAGUAGCCUGAGAAUGCAUCCGAACGUGCACAGGGGUCUGCUGGCAGAAAUGAACGCCGGCGUGCGACUUCAUCCCGUGGCCCCACAGCCUCCGAAUCAUAUCUGA